UUGCCCUGAGUUGUUACCCUUCGCAUCUCUUCGUGGCGGCGCGCCGAACCUAACCGCGCAACCGCUUGGUCCGCCGGCCGCCGUUGCCUCGCGCCAACCCCAGACCCAAUAGGCACCAGAGGUGCACUCGGAUUUCCUCUCCUGGCCGAGCCGACGGCGUGGGUGAGCUCUACUCCCUCCAAAUCGGAGACGGAAGGCCCUGCCCUGCGCAGCCUACAUAUAUAUAUGCACCCCACAACCACUUGCCACAUCGAUCGAAUCGAGCCUUGGAACAAUGUCGUCGUGGUCAGGCCUCGCCUUCGUCGUAGCCUCCGCCGUCACGGGCAGUGCCGUGACGCUGGCGGCGUCGGCGUUCUAAGACCUCUACUUCCAGCGCUCGCAUGCCUUCGACAUCAUGCCCCCGGAUCUGUCCCCUGGCAGCCGGUACAUCUACACCCGCGCCCAGAACAACGACAAGGCGGAGCGGGCCAUCACCACCUGCAGCGUGCUCAGCGCCUUGGACGCCGGCAGGGCUGAUCCGGUCGUCGGCCGCAACGACGAGAUUGACCGCGUCAUCUGCAUCCUCUGCCGCCGCACCAAGAACUGCGCCGCGCUUGUCGGCGCCGCGGGGGUCGGUAAGACGGCCAUCGUUGAGGGCCUCGCCCAACGCAUCGCCGCCGGGAACGUCCCGGACAUGCUGGCAGGAGCGCGCAUCCUGGAGCUCGACAUGGGGGCGGUUGUUGCCGGGACAUGCUGGCGUGGCAUGUUCGAAGAGCGCUUGAAAGACGCCAUCAAGCACGCGGAGGAGGCAGGAGGCAAGGUGAUCCUCUUCAUUGAUGAGUUGCACAUGAUUGUUGGCGCCGGCGAUAAAGGAGGCCCCAUGGACGCCGCCAAUAUCCUCAAGCCAGCAUUAGCCCGCGGCCGCAUCCGUUGUGUGGGUGCUACCACUUGCCAAGAGUACCAAAGGUAUAUCCAGACGGACGCUGCACUUGAGCGCCGGUUCCAGAAGGUUGUCGUCGAGGAACCAAGCGUGCAGGGCACCAUCACCAUCCUAAAAGGGCUGAAACAGCGGUACCAAGAGCACCAUGGCUUGAAAAUCCAGGACGAUGCUCUCGUUGCUGCAGCACAGCUCGCCGCCCGUUAUAUUACUGGUCGCCAGUUUCCUGACAAGGCGAUUGAUUUGAUUGACGAGGCAUGCUCUACUGCAAAGGUACAUUUUGACAAGCAGAAAGUGGAGAAUAAUAUAAUUAGCUCUAUAUUUGCACCGAAGGAGUUAACUGUUGGCCCAGAUCAUGUCGCACAGGUUGUCAGUCGAUGCACUAGAAUCCCUCUCACGACACUUGGUCAAGAGGAGAAGGAGAAGUUAGUCCACCUAGCGGAAAAAUUGCAUGAGCGAGUCAUCGGUCAGGAUGAAGCGGUCAAUUUGGUUGCGCAAGCGGUGCUACGUUCUAGGGUUGGUUUUGGUCAAUCUAGCCGACCGAUAGGUUCAUUCCUCUUUUUGGGGCCGCUUGGUGUUGGAAAAACAGAACUCGCAAAAGCUCUCGCCGAGAGGAUAUUUCACAAUGAGAAGAUGUUGAUCCGCUUUGAUAUGUCGGAAUAUGCUGAGAGUGGGUCUCUGUCGCGCCUCAUUGGGGGACCUCGAAGCUAUGAAGAAGAUGGAAAACUUACCGAGAAAGUCAAGAGGUCUCCAUACAGUGUUGUCCUUUUCGAUCAGGUGGAUAAGGCAGACCCCUCAAUAUUCAAGGUUUUUAUCCAACUCCUUGAUGAUGGUACGUUGACCGAUGGCAAAGGACACGUCGUAGAUUUUAAAAACACUAUCAUCAUUAUGACCUCAACUCUAGGAGCAGAGCACCUAACAACAAGAAUGGGCAUAGGAAACACAGUCAAAGCUGGUCGGGGUCUUCUUAUGGGGCAGGUUCUGAAACGCUUGAAGCCUGAACUUAUUGACAGACUGAGUGAGGUUGUGAUAUUUGAGCUGCUUUCACACGACGAACUGAAGGAAAUAUUGAAAAUCCAGAUGAAGGAUGUCAUUGCCACAGUAGCUAACAAGGGCGUCUCUCUAUUUAUAACUGAUGCCGCGCAGGAUGUCAUUUUGUCGGAAUCAUACCACCUGGUAAGUGGCGCAAGGCCCAUAAGGAGAUGGGUGGAGAAGAAUGUGACGACAGUUCUUUCAAACAUGCUGGUCAAUGGAGAAGCUUGUGAAGGCUCGACCAUCUCCAUCGAUGCUGCAGAUGUUAACAGGGGGCUGAGGUACCAUGUACUGAAGAAGCAGGGGAGCACAGACCCAUAAAGCCAACGACGAGUUCUGCCGUGGUCACUCCAUAGCAGCAUCUGACAAAAACAGUGGAUGUAUAUAGGUUGUUUCUGAUUUAUGAUGGGUAUUUAGCUUUGUGUAACAAGCUGUAUGCACACAUACAAAUAUAUCCAGGUUGAUCAAGGUUAUUGAGCUAUACAAUUGCAGUAAGUGUGAGUUUUGCCAUGGCCAGUCCAUGCUCUGUGUGUAGUACACACAUAAACAAAUAUAUCCAGAUUGAUCAAAGCUACUCAGUACAUUGUCACAUUUAGUUAGUUGCAUUUACUAUAUUUCUUACUUGCUUUUUUAAACUGUCCGCCUUUCGGGGGUUGUCAUAAGCAGGGCCAAGAGGAUUUUUUUUCUAGGACUAUUGUAUCGGCUAUUUAUGAUGCGCACAAUGAAGUGUUCCUGCACUGGCACUAUUUUAGGACCGCAAAUACUAAUAGUGUAACAGAUGAUACAUUUUUUUUGUCUGUGUGAUCUAUGGCACCUGCCUGCUGAUUGUAAUUUCCUACAUCAACAGGAGUGAAGCAAGCACUGAUAUUAUUGUCGGAUAAAACGGACUUGGCCAAUCUUGGAAAUGGUCUGCAGAGCUUGGCAUGUCUCUUUCGUGCUGUGGGAUGUCCUCCAUCUCCAAAGAAUUGUAUAACUGACAAUUGCCUUGUUGUUUUAAGUUAAUGCUGGAUUGUGUCAGUCUUGUUGUGUCUCCCCAUGCAUCACCAUGGAGAAUUAUGUUGUACAUCAAUGCCUACUUCAGGCAGUGCUGAUUUAUCAUAUAUAUUGUCUUCCCGAAAGCUAUGCAUUGUUCACAGUAGGUUACUUUUUAGCUAGUUAAUAGCUGCAUGUUUUUUAUAGGUUGAUUGUUUGUGUGAGAUUAGUCUUAGUAUUUAUGAAGCCUGAUCUUGUACAGGAAGAAGCAUUCUCCAGCUUAGAUUUACCAACUUUUAUGUCUUAUGAAGAUUUUUUGCGCCUGUAGGUUUUCUAUCAUCUCCACUGUCGGUACAACGUCAAGCCUGGAAGCAGCUGGAGUGAAUGUUACAAAAGUUGGAACAGAUUACACAUUUUCCUGAAAUGGUAUGCUUAAUUUAAUGUUUAGCUGGUGAAGCAUUUCUUAAAAUGGUUUUAUUCUAAGGGUGACGCUACGCGUCCACCGGCGUAAAUUGAAAAAGAUCCGCCGCCACGCUGACCAUUGGAUAGAGACAUAAUGACCGUCCGAUCUACCAAUGUAAGCAACCAUCUUUUGCAACAAGAGUGGUGUUUCCGCAACAGUCUGCUUGUUGCGAUCACCCGAGCGUGUUUUUUUUGCAACAAAGAUCUUGUUGCAGAAAUUUUAAAGAUCA